AUGGCUGGUGUUAUUGGGCAACCAGAUACGGUCGUACUUUUUAAUGUAGACGAUUUCGGGAAGAUCUUUCGCACCGAAGGUAAAUGGCCUAGUCGGCCCGGAACAGAUGCCAUUAGGUACUACAGAGAAUCACGAAAAGAUGGUUUCUUUAACGAAACGGGUGGCCUAAAUGCAGAAGGCGAAAAAUGGGGCGCAUUCCGAAAUCAAGUGAAUCCUAUUUUGAUGCAUCCGAAAAAUGCCAAACUUUAUUUAGAACCAUUGCAAAAUGUGAAUUUGGAAUUUGUAAAAAG